AUGACGAGUUCCGGAUAUAAAAAUGAUGAGGACGAUCGCAGUUCGCAGAAAGACGGCGUGUGUGAGAAAGACGACUCACACACUAAAGACGCGAAACGUGCGGUUGACGGUAUGUGUGAGGAAGACGAGUCACACCGCGAUUACGAGGAAAGUGAUGAUGAUGACGGCUCAAGCACCAACGACGAGUACGGCGAAGAGGACAACGACGCGAGUGAAAAUGACGAAUCUAAUUAUCUGUACAAGACGGCGAAUGGAACAAAUACUUCUACACCUUUACCAACUCGACGAUGCGCACCACGCCGUAUGAAGGUUUACUCUUUUCGUGAUAUGGAAGAGAGUAUCGAAUCCUUCGGUGCAGAGGAGGGAGAGGACGUACGACUAUGGCUGAUGCAACUCAAAAGCGUUUGCAAAUCUGCACGAUGGGAUAACGAGCAACAAUUGAUAAUGUGCCGAAAGAAAUUAACUGGAACAGCGAAACGUUUUGUAUUUUCGCUUCGAAGCAGUUUCAGCAGUUUUAAGAAGCUAGAACAAGCGCUGAUAAAAGAAUUUGCCCCACGCGUACGGGCAAGCGAUGUACAUCGUGCGCUGACGAACCGUAAGAAGAAGAAUUCAGAGUCCAUCCGUGAUUAUAUUUACGAGAUGCAACGGAUAGCGCUACCUAUCGAACUCGACGAAUCUAGCCUCUGUGAAUAUAUAGUAAACGGUAUUACGGACGAUGAACAUCACCAAACGAUGUUAUACGAAGUACAAAGCAUCGAACGGCUGAAGAAGAAAUUGUUUAAUUUCGAAAAGGUGAUGAAGAAUUCCAAGAACAAACCCAAACGAGACGAUAUAGGAAGCAGAAAAGAGAGAACACGUGUCGCAGAUAAGGACAACAAAAAAGCCGAAGGACCCAAAUGUUUUUCGUGCAACACGUUUGGGCACCGAGCACGUGAAUGCACGAAAGGUGGCACGAAAGUGAAACAGAAUGUGCUGAUUUGUCGACCAAGAGUAGAAUCUGUUCACAGUGACGUCAUUCCUGCAAGUGUCGCUAAUCGCGAAGACGAUUAUACAUCACGGCUGCUGUCUGGAAAACUAGCAGGAUUGCUAAGAACGUUCAUACCAGUGAGAGUAGGACCGGUAGUUGUGAACGCCUUGUUUGAUACCGGUAGUCCAAUGAAUUUAAUGACGAACUACACCUACGAAAAGAUUGGGAAGCCGUGCCUAUCCACCACUACAAUGAUACUUAAAGGUUUUGGCGGCAACGAAAUCGCUGCAGAGGGUGUUUUUAAGAUUGAUGUGUGUAUUGGUGACAGCCUAUACCGCGACGUAUUUUUCUAUCUAGUGCCAAAUAAAUGCAUGUCUUUUGCGGCUGUACUCGGAACGGCGUCACUUGAAUAUUUCGAUGUGAAAGUGACUACGGACGGGGUGCAAGUGUUUAAGAAAGACGAAUACGAAAUUAUGGGGAUCAUGCCAAGUGACAGUGAAAUCGACGUACCGCAAAGAUAUUCAAAUUACAUUAAAGCCCUAAUUUCGAACUAUGAUCCGAGUAAAGAGGUAAAAAGCACAGUAGAAAUGAAAAUUAUUCUCGAAGACGAACACCCGGUGCAAACCAACCCAAGACGGUUUGCCCCUAAAGAAAAGGAGGUACUAGAAAGAACAGUGAACGAGUGGUUGCACGCAAAUAUUAUACGAGAAAGUACCAGUGAUUUUGCUAGUCCUGUAGUGCUAGCGAAGAAAAAAUGGUACGAUGAGGGUUUGCGUGGACUAUCGUGA